AUGGCUGCUUUGAUCAUCUUGGCGGCGCUGAGCGAGAAGCUCGCUGCGGAGGUGUACCUGAUGGAACACCCGCUUACGAUGCUCCGCCACCUGCGCAUGACCUACAAUGACAAGUACAGCGCAAGCAUUGGGGCGGCCAAGCGCGAGUAUAUGGGGCUCUAUCUGGAUGGAGAUGACGCCGUGGUGGAGCACAUCAAGACGGCAAGACGUGUCCUUGAUGAGCUGCAAGAGCAGCACCCUCAUGCCUGCUUGGAACGGCUUCGUUGGCGUCCUCGAGUCAUGCGCGACGUUCGAGGCCAUACUCCAACGAUGCCAAGCAGAGGCGAUCCGGCGUGA